AUGUUUAGCUUUGGUAAAGUCUUGUUUACUGCGUUUAUCUUCGCAACUAGCACUAGCGAUCACGUGAGAGGCACGGAGAUCGAUGGGAGUUCGACCAAUCCAGCGCUCACUGACUACACGGACGUCACGACUACACACCAGACCGGGGAGCUCGAUACCGUUCAGCCUGUGACCGACGACGCUGAAGAUGAAGAAGAACGAAUGUUUGCCUGA